AUGUCAUCUAAUCCCCCUACCACCCUGCUGGAGGAUAAUAAAUCAAAUUCAAACCUACUACAACCUUCAACCCCAUCAUCCGUCACCGCUUCAUCAACAACCAUACCCAGUACAACAACAACAACAACAACAACUACCACCAAUACUAAAUCUCCUAUACAGACCUCAAAAUCUCCAAAAUCGCCACCUAAAUCUCCACCCUAUACCACCAACCCAAAUGAUCCAACCUCAUGUGCAUCAAGUUCUCCUAAUAAUACCAAUCCUGAUGAUGGUCAACAAUGUUCUAAUUGUGGUACUACAAAAACUCCAUUAUGGAGAAGAGCUCCUGAUGGGACUUUAAUCUGUAAUGCUUGUGGUUUAUAUCUUCGAUCAAAUAAUACUCAUCGACCUGUCAAUUUAAAAAGACCUCCCAAUACCAUCACUAUCACUAAAACUGAUGAAGGGUCAUGUAAAGGUGAUGGAAGAUGCAAUGGUACUGGUGGUUCAGCCGCUUGUAAAGGGUGUCCUGCUUAUAAUAAUAGAGUUGUGGUUGCUAAACGAGAAAAACCAUCAUUUGAUAAUAUUAUCGAUUUAAAACCUCCUACUGUGAUAUCUCCUAUAAUAUCUCCUCCUCCACCGGCAAAUUCCGAAGGGGAAGUAGAAGAUUCUUUAGCUAUUGCAUGUUUUAAUUGUGGAACUACUAUAACUCCAUUAUGGAGAAGAGAUGAUAUUGGAAACACUAUUUGUAAUGCAUGUGGAUUAUAUUAUCGAUUACAUGGUUCACAUCGUCCAAUAAGGAUGAAAAGAAAUACUAUUAAAAGAAGAAAAAGAAAUUUGCCGCCAUCAAGUUCAACUGUUAUGGUAAAGAAAGAAGAUGAUUCAUCAAGUACAACUUUGACAUCAAGUAAUACUCCAAUAUCAACUAAUUCAUCGCCUCCAAUAUCAAGAUUACCUCCUCCAUUACCAUUAGCAGCUUCAUCAUUUAAUUCUCAUACUUCUUAUUUCCCUCCUUAUACUGGAGCAGGGAGAAUACCCAAUGGUCCUGGUCCAGUUCCAGGUCCUCCUCCUCCACCUAUACAAUUUGGUUAUUAUUCUCAACCUCCUCAAAAUUCCACAUCUCAAUCAUCACAAUCAAAAUAUCAUUCAGAAAGUAUAAAAUUACCUCAAUUGAAUUUAAAGGGUGAUAAACCUUCUGUAUCACCUCAACAAUCACAUCCUCAAUUAGCUCCUAUCAUAAAUAAGGAACUUAGUCUUCCAUUACCAUCGAAAAUAUCAUCACUUAUAUCAGCAUCCUCUAAUGAAAGGAAGUCACAUAUGUCUACACCAUUGGCAAUUGAUUUUACAUCUGCAUUUAAAGCCGAUGUAGAUACUUCAAGUGGUACUUCUAGUGGUACAAGUAGUUCAUCUACACCAACCACAAUGUCCCCAGAAGCAAAAUCAGAUGAUGAAGAUGAUGAUUCGGAACGUCCUAAAAAGAUUCCUACUGCCACUACAACAACAACAACAACAACAACAACUGCUCCAACUACGCAUAGGACUCACGCUUUAUCGAUUGGAGGGUUAUUAAAUGGUUAAAAAUUGGUGUUAUUUAAAAAGUAAAUGAAAUUAAACAAUUAUGGUUCUUUCUACCGUAUGUAUCUAAGUAGUUUAAUCUAAAAAUAUUAAAAAUUAUUUAUACUUAUAAUCAAUGU